UCAGAAUCAUAUGGUCAUCGAGACGGCUUAUAUUAGCAUGGUGUUUGGCACUCAUUUUGACCAUCAUGAUUAGCGUGAAAACAACACCCCGACAUAUCACCCGGUCACGAACGAAAAAUCAAGAAAGUGAAGGUUUGAAUGUGAGUUCCUCCUUGCCUAAGGGGUGUCCUACGAUUGACUGUGCUUGUACUACUGGCCCGAGGCAGAAUAGACUUAAAACCCAGCCGUCAUCUGACGGAAAAUGUACUACGCAUUCAAGAUUUGAACUCAACAAAAGCUACCAAGUCAACGUAUCAAGUAUCGAUAUUGCAUCUAUCGAAGAUAUCGUAUUUGGUGACGAUCGCCCCUGCGCAGAAACGUACGUCGAGAGUGUAAGCGCAGCCUUGAUGACGCCAUCGUCUGACAAGUUAACACCGUACUUUACAAAUCAUACAGCAUUUAUCGAGGCCGAAAAAGGCGGUAUACAGAUAGGAAACUACACCUACUCUCCAGGGGGGAGGUGGAAACCUACAAAUUGCAAGCCUAAAUGGAAGGGUAGCCCUUUCAAUUAUAAAAACUGUUCGACCAAGGGGCCCUGUAUCCGUAGGAAUUAA